AUGAGUGUCAUGGCUGUCAAGGAAGUGCUCUCGGCGAAGGGGAAACCCCAAUUCUUCGUGGAAAACUACCUUUAUGAAGUUGAGAAGACGGUUGGUGGCAGGACAUCUUACUGCAGAUGCAUCAAGCAAAGGAGGGACGGCUGUCCAGCAAGAAUAACUAUAUUGAGAUGGCCAGAACCGAUGGUCCAAAGGCAGACUGGCGAGCAUACUCAUGCACCCGACACCGGCGAAUUCAUCAGGAGGCAGGCAUCCGCUCAAAUGAAGGAUGCCGUUACUCGAAAACAGGAUAAAGGUGUUAAACGAGUUCAUUCUGAGGUUCUUGCCGAGGAAGUGCGAAAUUCGCGUGGUCUCUACGAAGAUGAAGAGAUAGGAGCAGCACUGCCAACAUUCGACUCUGUGCGAGCCUCUUUGUAUCGGGCUCGCGCAAAGCUCACACCGGCUUUACCUCAGAGUCGAACGGACAUUGUCGUUGAGGGCUUGUACGGGAAAACUUUGAGCGACGAAGAUUUCCUCUUGUUCGACGACGGCCUCGAGGACAAAAUCCUGGCGUUCGGCACCGACGAAAUGUUUAGUAUCUUGUGCGAAUCGCCCACUGUUUUCAUGGACGGAACGUUCAAAGUAGUUCCCCACCUCUUCUUACAGUUGUACACCAUUCAUUCUUUCCACAAGGGUCAGAUGUUUCCGCUCGUAUUCUUCCUUCUCCCAGACAAGACCAAGGAGACUUAUCGUAGGAUGUUUAGUCUGUUGAAGAAUCAUGCCGAUGCGAAGGGCAUGGUGUUUGCCCCUCGCACAUUCCAGCUAGACUAUGAAGUGGCAACCCUGAGAGCCAUACAACUCGAAUUCCCGCUGUCGGAGAUCAAAGGCUGUAAUUUUCAUUUUAGUCAGAGUCUCUGGAGAAAAGUUCAGCAUCUUGGUCUCGUCUCUCACUACAACGAUCCGUCGGUCAAGAAACUCAUCCGGUCCUGUUUUGCCCUCAGCUUGGUACCGUUGGACAGAAUUGACGACGCUUGGCUAGGAAUCGACGCAGAGUCUCCGGCCGCGGAUCAUCCAGCGUAUGAACGAGUAGGAGUUUUCAAGGAGUAUGUAAUCAAUACUUGGUUGGAAAAUGGGUCGGUGUUUCCACGUAGUUUGUGGAAUCACUACCGCAACUUCGGUGCUCGGACAACCAAUCACGUCGAAGCGUGGCAUAGCGCGUUGAGUCGAACGAUCAGGAAAGAACAUGUAAACCUGUUCCAACUGAUCAACUUCCUGAAAAAACAGGAAGAUAAAGGGAGAGCGGACAGACUGUUGCUCCAGGCAGGACAAGCCCCACCGAGGCUCUCCUCGAAGUACAAGAGUCUCAACGACCGCCUUAUUCGACUGACGGACGAAUUCGAAUCCGGCGCGAAGAGUUUGAUGGAAUAUGUUCACUGCGUCGGAUUCAACUUGAAGACUUGA